AUGCCGAGGAAGCGUCAUGUUCCCCAUAUUCCCGAAGAACUGCCAUCCUGUGAUGGCCCGAAACUUCCCCUAUUCGAGCAUCACAACUCAAAGAUUGAAUGGUUUGAACAGCUUGGGGAUGGUGAGGAGGCAACACGCGAUGGCUACGUCUUCCGUGUUAAGAUUAAACGAGCCGAGUACGCACUUAAAGUGUUCAAAUUCUACGACCCCAUGGAAAGUGAAUACUUCUGGGAACCUCUCGUAGGGGAUGUGUCACUUAAUACGGCCGCCUAUUAUACCGAUCCAUUCUACGCUGAAUGCCGCGCGUACGGUCGAAUUCGAGAAGCCACAAAGAAAAGACCUAAGAUAUUUGACGCGGCAAUUCGUUGCUACGGGUUCCUUUUCCUCGGUGAUACAGAUCAAAGAUAUCUGGAAGAGAAGAAGUGUGAUCUGGGACUAGAUAAGGUUGAUCCAGCGUACCAGCGACAGACAGCCGGGGGUGUUAGGCCACGGGCGAUUGUGAAAAGCCUAGCAUCAUCGGAUCACGGCGUCACCGAGUUCAAUUUGAGAAAGACUCUUGAUCGUAUCCAUACGUUGAACCGAGGGAAAAUAUACAAUAUGGACAUUCGAUUAGACAACAUCAGGGAUGGGAAGCUAGUAGACUUUGGAUCAUCAUGGACUGAGCCGCAUAUACUUCUAGACGCACUAGAUGCCGACGCAGCCUACAGCUAUAGAACAACAGAUCGAGUGAUGUUCGAUGAGAUGUUGGUGGAAGAAAGCAUUCCAAACCCCAGGAAUAUUGUAGCUAUGCACCCCAUGACGCUGCGACGAAGAUAUAACUGA